GUCUGCAGAAUGAAGUGUCCGGCGUGGCUCGUUCUCGCUCUGUUCCCGCAUUUCUUCGCCGGGAUACCGGUUACGCGAUCCCAGAGGACCCACGCGAGGCAGGGGCUUGGACGCGAGCAGCCCCUCGUGAGGAUCCCGGACCAAGGAUCGGUCGCCGGGAAGGAGGUGUUUCUAAGUCGUCCGCAGAAAGUGACGCAGUACCUGGGGAUACCUUACGCGCAACCACCCCUGGGUAAAUUACGUUUCGCAGCCCCUGUCACCGACCCUCUGCCAUCCUGGAGCGGAAUAAGAAACGCGACGCAAUUCGCACCCUCCUGCCCGCAAAUGACCAACAGGCUGAAGCUACACGAGAAACUCUACCAAAGAUUGCUGCCCCCUGAUCAGCCUGAUCCUGGAGUCAGCGAGGACUGUCUGUACCUGAACAUCUACGUGCCAGACGGUAAUCGACCGGACGAUGGGUGGCCCGUGAUGGUGUGGUUCCACGGGGGUGACUUCAACACCGGUACCCCGGCGAUUUGGGACGCGUCUGUGUUCGUCAGCAAACAGAAAGUGCUAGUGGUCACAGUAGCUUAUCGCCUGAACAUCCUGGGCUACUUCACAACAACGGACGCCGAGGCGCCGGGUAACUACGGCAUGUUCGACCAGAUCGCGGCCCUGGACUGGGUGCAGAAGAAGAUCCAGUACUUCAACGGCUCCCCGUCCAACGUGGUGAUAUACGGUCACAGUUCCGGGGCGAUCAGCGUUGGUCUGCAUCUGAUCAGUCCCAUGAGCAAAGGCAAGUUCUCCAAGGCGAUCGCAAUGAGCGGCGACGCCAUCAGCUCGGUGGGCUCCCCGGAGGCCGAGCUGCCCGUGGUGGACUUCAUUGCGGAUAAGUUCGGCUGCUACAGACAUCCCACGUCAGCGCUGAUGGAGUGUCUUCGCCGGCUGGACGUAAACGUCCUGUUGCAACAUACUUCGACGAUCGAGACCUGGGGCCCGAUAUUGGACGCCGAGACCAACAACUCCACUGAACCGUUCCUGCCCGUGCAUCCCCGGGACGCGUUGGACAGCAGUCAGUUGAACAGCGUGCCGUUGCUCGCCGGCUACACCAACAACGAGCAAGCGUUAGCGUACAUGGAGUCGCUGGGCAAGGGGAACACAGACGGCAAGCUGUCCUCGAGUCAAUUCGAGACGCUGAUCACCGACGAGUUUCUCGCGGCGGCCUCGAGCCUCGAGGACAACACCACCUGCAAGAUGAAGCCUGAAAUGGUGGCCGACGCGGUGCUGUUCUUCUACAAACCGCAUCCGCCGACCAAGGACCAAGGCGUCCUCAGGGACAGAUACUUGGACCUGCAAACCGAGAAGAAUUUCGCAGCUGGCUUGACCCUGUUGGCGGGCAAGAUCUCCAACGAGAAGCCGGCGUUCGUUUAUAGGUUUGAUUACCGACCUAAGACGCAGUUCAUCACGAAGGAUGUGCCCGAGUGGGCCGGCGUGCCGCACAUGUUCGAGCUGCCGUUCGUCUGGGGCCUGCCGCUUGUCCCCGCCAGCUCGAUCCCGUGGAACAUCGCCGAUAAACAGAUGUCCGAGGUGAUGAUGUCGAUGCUGGCCAACUUCGCCAAGUCCGGGAAUCCUUCGACGAACGUCAUCAAGUGGGAACAGUACACCGAAGAGGAGCCCGGUAUACUGAUCAUCGACAGGAACAUGGCCAUGAGCAACGGUAACGCGGUGGAUUACAAGGCUCUCGCUUUCUGGAACGAGUACUAUCCCAUGGUACUCGAGGAAGCGAUGGACAAUUGCUGUAACAUGACCAGUGGCUCCGCGACGCGGUGGGCGGCGUCGUACGAUGCGGUUUUUGGUAGUCUUGCGAUAGCGUCGGUGUUACGGUGCCUCGAUUGGUAGUCCAUGCUGGGGAGAGUUUUCUUUUGUACAUGCUCAACGGAGGCUUCGUUACAUGCGAACGUUGGUCAACUGAGAUAUUCGGAUAUUUUGAUAAUUAUAUGUACACGAGUGGCUCCCUCUGUGCGCUGACGUCUAUUGUACACUUCUUGUUUAGCUACUUUACAAUUUCAUCCCGCUUUUAAUAUAGUCCUGGCUCUUCGCACGAGAUUUCGGUGACGUUCCGUUUCGGCAUUGCUAAUUACGUGCAUAGGAGAAGGCCUGCUGAGGCAUAAACAUAGCGGUUAACAGAGAACGAUAAAUCUUAGACAGCCGUAAAAGACAACCGAAACGCUCGAGAUGUUAACAAGUAGAUGCGAGAGGUAUCGUCUGACUGAUUUAAAUGCAGUACGCGUCUUUGGAAUAAUUAUGGAAUAACUGGAAUUCUUUGAGAUUGAUAUUAAACAAUAAAAGGAAUUUCAAAAAAGGAUUAUUUGCAGAUAGGCUGUCUCGAAUCCUUUUCAGAAGGAUACAAACCGACGCACGGAUAAUCCCGCUACCGAUUUAAACCAAUCAGUCUACCCGAAGGUUCUAGACAUAUGGGAACGGAGGGACGUAUGGUGUAGAAGCAAGGAGGACAACCACCAGCCUGGGCUUUUUCGUUCAUUAUUUUGUUGAAUUUUUUUUGUUUUUUGUUAACAUUCACUGAGAGAUUUUUUAUUAUUUGCUUUAAUACGGAGAGAUAUAGAAAAAACAUAUAUUGUUCGAGAAACAAACGGUUGAUAUAACUUAUGAAUAUUUUGAUGCUUUGAUAAUAAUUAAUAAUAAUAAUAAUAGUAAUAAUAAUCAUCGUGUGUGUGUGUGUACCGUCUAUGUAUAAUUAUUAUAUUAUAUAUAAGAGAGAGGUGCGCGGCGGGCGAUGCAUGGGGGCUGGUGGCCUGCGCACGCGCACGUCCAAACAUUUUCUUUUUGCUUUUUCCAUCCUUUUCUCCUAAAUAUAUUUAUAUAUUUAUAUAUAUAUAUAUUUAUAUAUAUACUAUCAUUAAUUAAUUAUAUUUUUCUUCUUCCUCCUUCUUCUUCUUCUCCUUCUCC